AUGGUCGCCAUACUGCAGCCCAGUGAAAAUGACUGGAAACAUUCCUUCCGCAAGCCAGCAAUCAGGCUGAGAGUCAUCAUCGUCGGUGCUCGAGUUGCUGGCCUAAGUCGUCCCACACCAACUGGCGAUGCUGCAUACCGUAUUCUGGUCCCCAGAGAACGAAUGCAGAGCGAUCCUGAAACUUUGAACAUGAUUUCUGAGAAUGCUGCUAUUCGAUGGAUGGGUCAGCUUCUUGCAGUGUACACAUCUUCUCGAGAUCAAUGGACUGACCUCCCUCUUCAGGUCCCCAAGGACAUAUCAUUGCCUAUCCUGUCAAGAACAACAACCUGUACAACAUGGUCCUAG